CUCGCUAACAUACAACAUCAGGCAGGUGAAGAUGGCGGAUGUGUUGAGUGUUCUCCGUCAGUACAACAUUCAUAAAAAAGAAAUCAUCGCCAAAGGAGAUGAAGUGAUAUUUGGAGAGUUCUCUUGGCCGAAGAAUGUCAAGACUAACUACAUAAUCUGGGGUACUGGUAAAGAGGGGCAGCCCAAGGAGUACUAUACUUUGGACUCCAUCUUAUUCCUGCUCAACAAUGUACAUCUGGCACAUUCAUCCUAUGUGCGACGAGCUGCAACAGAAAACAUCCCUGUUGUCAGACGACCGGAUCGAAAGGGCUUGCUGUCMUACCUCAAUGGCGAGAGUUCGACGUCAACGAGCAUUGACCGGAGUGCACCAAUAGAAAUAGGUCUUCAAAGACCGACACAAGUCAAAAGAGCAGCUGAUGAAGUUUCUUCUGAAGCCAAAAAACCAAGGAUUGAGGAUGAAGAACGAGUGCGUUUGGACAAGGAGCGCCUGGCUGCUCGUCUGGAGGGCCACAAGGAAGGCAUCGUGCAGACGGAUCAGAUCAGAUCACUGUCAGAGGCCAUGUCCGUGGAGAAAAUUGCGGCCAUCAAAGCCAAGAUUAUGGCCAAGAAGCGCUCAACCAUUAAAACGGAUCUGGAUGAUGACAUAACCCUGAAGCAGAGAAGCUUUGUGGACGCAGAGGUGGAUGUCACCAGGGAUAUCGUCAGCCGCGAGCGAAUGUGGAGGACCAGGACGACCAUCCUGCAGAGCACCGGAAAGAACUUCUCGAAGAACAUUUUUGCCAUCCUUCAGUCUGUGAAAGCCAGAGAAGAAGGUCGAGCACCAGAGCAGAGACCAGCACAGAACACUACCCAAGUGGACCCGUCCCUCAGAAACAAGCAGCCGGUCCCAGCUGCCUACAACAGAUACGUUCAGGAACAGUUCAAUAAGAAAGAAGAAACGGAGGGUUUUAAAAUCGAUACCAUGGGCACGUACCACGGCAUGACGCUGAAGUCUGUGACGGAAGGAGCGUCUGCUCGAAAGGCCCAGACCCCGGCGCUGCAGCCUGUUCCCCGUCCAGUUUCACAAGCCAGACCUCCACCAAAUCAGAAGAAAGGYUCCCGUACCCCCAUCAUCAUCAUCCCCGCUGCCACCACCUCGCUCAUCACAAUGCUCAAUGCAAAGGAUCUUCUGCAGGAUCUAAAGUUUGUCACCUCUGAAGAGAAGAAGCAGCAGGGUUUCCAGCGGGACAACGAGGUUCUGCUUCAGAGGCGCAAAAAUCAGGUCCAGCCCGGCGGAGCAACGCUGAGCGUCACGGUUCCGUAUCGAGUCAUCGACCAGCCGCUCAAGCUGGCUCCGCAGGACUGGGAUCGAGUGGUGGCCGUCUUCGUGCAGGGACCUGCCUGGCAGUUUAAAGGCUGGCCGUGGCUGCUGCCCGACGGAUCGCCUGUCGACAUUUUUGCCAAAAUUCGAGCUUUUCAUUUGAAAUACGAUGAAGCGAAAACAGACCCCAACGUGCAGAAAUGGGACGUGACCGUGCUGGAGCUGAGCCGUCACAAAUCCCACGUGGAGCGCUCCGUCUUCCUGCACUUCUGGGAAACCCUCGACAAAUACAUGAUGAAACACAAAUCUCACCUCAGGUUCUGAGCUCGCGUCAGAGUUCUUCUGCGAAAAAUCCCACAAAACAGUUCCUCGGCCUUCCACCUCUGCUCGGCCCGCCUCCGUCAAGCCAUCCCUCAACACCAACGGACCCAAACGUGCAGCAGGAGGACAGGCCGUCCAUCCCGUGGACUCCCUUCCCGUCUCCUCAUGCAGCCUGUUGGAUUUAUUGUUCAGGACUUCAGAGCAGAAAUCUGUUUUCUGUCUUUUUGUUCUACUUUGUUUUUCUUAAGUUUGCAGAUGGUUCAACAGAAAAACCAAAACCAGUUUGUUAUUAAAAAGACAGCGAACAGUAAAUAUUAAGCAAAAAGGACGAUCACGUUUUGUUUUGUUUCUGUGGAAUUGAGGAAAUUUGCUAUUUUAACUCAAAUGUCUUCAGAGUGAGGAACUUACUUUUGGUCGAAAAACAAGGCGAAGUUAGAUGGAAGAGACUUUAUUCCUCGUUGAAAUAAGUGUUUGUCUUCAGGAUGUAAAUACAUGGUGAACCCUGUAAGAGCUCUGAGCAGAGGGAGAAGCAGCUCAGUGAUUUGUUUAUAGGUUUAACCCACUCUGCUCCGGCUCUGUGAACAAUCUGUUUCUACUUCAGUUUUUCAAAAGAUCAGCACAUCUAUUGGUCAUGUAAUGACGGUCUUUUGUUUUUCUUUGUUGAUGUUUUGGUAGGUGAGAGAAAUGAUUGGAAGUAUUGCUUUAGGUCAUCACAUGAAAAUAGCCAAUAAAGCUUUUCUGAAACAGAAAACMUAUCUGCUGCAAA